AUGUGGCGGCGCGCCGGCCGCCCCGCGGACUGCGUCGCCAUGCUGCUGCUGCCGGCUUUUGUUCUCGUCGCCACUGCCGCGGCAGCCCAGGUCGCGAAACCGCCGCCAGCCAGACAACAGGCAAAUACGGCAUCGCUCACAAAAGCGAACAGGGAUGAGCGCAUCAUCAACGGCGUGGACGCGCCCGACGAGUACCUGUACAUGGCGGCCGUCUUCGCGGACGGGGCGACCCUGUGUGGCGGCACGUUCGUCUCUCGCAGCUGGAUCCUCACCGCCGCGCAGUGCGUCGUCGGGUGGGUAUCAGCGGACGCCCACCUCACCUUCGCCUUCAAGCUGGAAGCUCCAAUUCAAGGGCAAUGCCGAGAAAAGCCAGAAAGUGAGACUGCAGCUAACGGCUGCUCGUCGCCGUCGUCGUCGUCUCUUGUUGCAGACCUCGCGCCAGCGGACCUGCCGUUUCGCUCUGACACGCCGGCCAGCCUCAUCGGAGAGGUGGCCGUCAUGACGGGCUGGGGAGCCACUGUGGCAGGAGGGCCGACAGAGACGACUCUGAAGACCGCCAACGGCAGCUUCGCCGGGGAGUGCGGGGCUGGCUACCACGUGUGCAUCUACACGUACAACCAGGUGGACGUCACCACGGGUGACUACGGUGGCCCCCUAACGGUGGCGGGCGUUGGAGUGGGCAGCUAUAAGGUGGUGGGCGUCGCCAUCGGCACCGAUCUCUCUGGUAACCGGUCCGUCUUCACCAACGUCUACCAGAACCUCGACUGGAUCGCCUCUGUCACCGAUCUCCCCAUCUACGAUUAG